GCCAGCUAGUCGGUCCGUCUUUGCAGCACCAGGAGCCGGGAGCUGGGGCGCACGGGUCCCCGUUCCACGCUGCGCCCUGGGGCGCACAGAUGGAACAAGAAAGUAGAUGGGGCAUGAGUGAAGUCAAGGAUUCAGAAGACAAAGAAAUGGGCUCCGAUGGUGAGAACUUGGAGAACAGGCAAGAAGACCUGGAAACACAAGAAAUGGGCCUGAAUGCAAAUGAUGCUUAUCACAGAGGCAGUCACUCAAAGAAGAAGAUGGUCUCCAAAUCCCGGGCUACAAGAGGAGGUUCAGUGAAGCGGUCCCUUAUUUCCAGCAUCUGCACAGAAAGCCUACUGAGUCAGGAAGAAGAGGCUGCACCCCGUGAGGACAAGGAAGACGCAUUGGGAGUGCCUGAGAUGGCCACAUCCCUGGGAGGCCCUGCUGAGCCUGAAUGCACCUUAGGAAUCCCUAUGAAAGAAAAGGAGGAAGAAGAGAGUGUGGGAGACCAUCAGCAGCAGGAGGAUGAAGAAGAGGAGGAGGAGGCCAAGUCACCACCACCCCCCAGUGCCAUGCUGCCCUGGAGACGCCACCUGGCCUUGGGCAUCCUGCACCGGGGGGACAAACCCGCACACCGCCGCUUCCAACGCCUACAGCAACAACACUCCAACACUGCCAUGCAUCUGGGCGAGCUGGACAGCCUGGUGGCAAGCAUCAUGGACAUAGACCAGGACGCACCCACCAUCUGCCCAGACUGCGGGGAGACCUGCUCCCCGGGUUCAGCCUUCCUGCAACACCAACGCAUCCACCACCAACUGGCAGCCGGCCUGGAGCCCUUGGGUGGCCUGGUGGGCACCGUGGUAGCCAGACCACCAUCCAGGGACAAGCCUUUCCGCUGUGGGGAGUGUGGCAAGGGCUUCAGCCGCAAUGCCUACUUGGCCAACCACCUACGUUUGCAUACUGGGGAGCGCCCCAACGUAUGCCAGGACUGUGGGAAGAGCUUCAGCUGGCCUGGGGAUUUGCUCAAGCACCGGAGGCUUCAUACUGGGGAGAAGCCUUACUUGUGCCAGGAGUGUGGGGAGGCCUUUAGCCUCAGCGCACAUCUGUUGAGCCACCGGCGGGCGCAUGCAGCUGUGGCAGCAGGAGUAGCAACAGGUGCAACAGGUACAUCAGCAGCCUUUCGCCCCUUUGCCUGCGGGGACUGUGGCAAGGCCUUUGCCCGUCGCUCCCACCUUGCCAACCACCAACGAGUGCACACUGGGGAGAAGCCCCACGGUUGUGGAGAUUGUGGCAAGCGAUUUGGCUGGCGCUCAGACCUGGUAAAGCACCUGCGGGUGCAUACUGGGGAGAAGCCCUAUGUCUGCAGGGAAUGUGGAGAGGCCUUUAGCGUGAGCUCGCAUCUCUUCACCCACCGCCGCACCCACUCAGGGGAGCGGCCUUACGUGUGCCAGGAGUGUGGAAAGGGAUUUGGGCGCAAUGCCCACCUGGUGAGCCACCUGCGGGUGCACACCGGUGAGCGCCCCUUUGGCUGUGCCCGCUGCGGCAAGCGCUUCGGGGACCUGUCCACCCUGGCCCAGCACCGUCGCACACACACGGGUGAGAAGCCCUAUGCCUGUCGUGAGUGUGGCAAGAGCUUUGUGCAGAGCUCACACCUGGUGAGACAUCGCCGCGUGCAUGCAGGGGGAAGGCCACACAGGUGCAACAGUUGUGGCAAGGCCUUCCGCUACAAGACACAUCUGGCGCAGCACCAGAAGAUGAGCCUCUGCUAGGGCUGGACCCAUCUAGGGCUGCCCUGUACCUGGGACGGACCAUGCUGCA